AUGAAUCAGGCAAAAAUUCGUGAGUUGUUCCGGCUCUUCGAUGCCAACAAUGACCGCUCCAUCUCCAGUCAGGAGCUCGGCAAGGCCAUGAGGUUCCUGGGUAUGACUCCCACAGAACAACAGGUCACCGAUGCCAUGAGAACACUGGAUGUUGAUCGAGUAGCGAUAAAAAAUCUUGGAGAGACUCUAACGGACAAGGAACUAGACGAUAUGAUGAGACAGGCGGAUAUAGACGGAGAUGGCAAAAUACACUACGAAGAUUCUUCUUAUUAG